GCCACAAAGGUUCAACAAAUCAAAAUUUCUACUUUCCUUCGGUUUUCGAAAGUGCACCGAGUGGAUACAUACCGGUAUCAAUGCAUGAUAUCGUCCAGCUAAUAUUAUCCUUCAUUCAGCUAGGAUUUGUAGGCUUCCUUCUUGGUUGGAGGAUAAAUGAUUUCGUUGAUUUCGUUGAUAAUGAUCAUGCUAUUUAUUGGUUUAUUGGAGUAGUUGGUCAAUUUAUUUCCUGGCUUUACAUCUUUAUGUUGAUUGCUUGUCAUUUUAUGACGCGAAGAAAUCAAACACAAUACGCAUUCAUUAGACAAUUGUUGAUUCUAUACACGCUUUUAUUCAUUAUUGCGUGCCUUAAUUUUCGUUCUAUUAUUAGAAAUGAACCUAUAAAUAGAACAAAAAAUGGAAAAGAAAAUGAAACAGAUGAUGAAACAGAUGAUUCAACAGAAAGAAUUAUUUUCAUAUUUGCUGUAUGGAAUGUUUUUGCUUGUGGUGUAUCAUUCGUUUCUUCUCUUCUAAGACCACGAAAUCCUGAAUUGAUGUACACAAGAAACAGAAUGAUAUCUCGUGAUACUAUCGCGUCUUUAUGGUCACUUAUCUCUUUUUCGUGGAUGGCUCCAAUAAUUAAAUUGAGUAGUGGGCACAAUCUUACUGUGGAUGAUUUAUGGGAAUUACCAUUUAGAUGUCAGGCUACUCACU